AUGCCAUUUUUUAAGGAUAAACCCACCGGGAUAAACCGCCUGGAGCUGUUUCUGGGGCUCGUGGCGUGUUUGGGAUGCCUGUCGGUCCGAUGCUCGGUGGCGGAGGGGGACGCCGGUCCGUGGUACCAGGACCUCUGCAGUUAUAAAUGGGAGGCCAUAGACCAAGAUAACAAAGUGAAAUACACCCUGAAGCUGUGCGAGUCCUCGCCGUCCACCAGCUGUGGGCCCGCCACCGCCGUGUGUGCUCUGGACCUGCUCAGCAAGGUGGAGCAGCCAGUCGGUGACCUGUCCCUGCAGAGGCUCUCGGGCUCCGGCACGCCGGAGUUCGUGGCCGUGUCUCAGUGCGUGCACUACUUCGAGUGGAAGACGUACGCCGCCUGCAAAAAGGACAAAUUCAAGCCGCAUAAAGAGGUGCCUUGCUACGUGUUUGAUUCAGACGGUAAGAAGCACGACCUGAACCCCCUGAUCAAAGUGAGCGACGGCUAUUUGGUUAAAUAA